AUCUGUCUUCAAUUUCUCCACCAUUAUGAAACAGCUGUGGUGAAUUCUGUACAGAAUGUCCAAGAGCAGUGUGAACCAUUUUCUUAGUCCGGGUAUCUACUGGUCCAAUGGUUCCAUGACCGAAUCACUCUAAUGGCCGGCGAACCUAGAAGGCUGUUUCCGGUUGCCCUUGGUAAAGAUGGCGAGAAGAGGCCCGUCACCGGGGUCAGGCUGCGGCUUCGGUGCCCUCACCAAACAUGGCGGCCUUUUGUGCCCGCCCCCUUAGCUUCCUCCUGUCGGUUUACUCCAGCGAAUCAGUAGCAAUGGCGGCGGUGAUAGCGGCUUCUCGGAGACUCCGCAACUUGCUGACCUGGCGAUUGACAUCCCGCACCAACCUGGGUCUCAGCCUUAACCUUCAUCCCAUGAGUUCCUUUGCCCAAGAUGAGGCUUCCAAAGCAGCCCCCGAGGAAGCCCCAGGCCACAGCUAUGAGUCCCUUCGGGUGACAUCUGCCCAGAAACACAUUCUGCAUGUGCAGCUAAACCGGCCGGAGAAGAGAAACGCCAUGAACAAGGCCUUCUGGAGCGAGAUGGUGGUGUGCUUCAACAAGAUUGCAGAAGAUGCUGACUGUCGUGCUGUGGUGAUCUCUGGUGCAGGAAAAAUGUUCACUUCAGGUAUCGACUUCGUGGACAUGGCUUCAGGCCUCCUUCAGCCCAUGGGAGACGACGUGGCCCGCAUCAGCUGGCACCUCCAUAGCCUCCUCAGCAGAUACCAAGAGACCUUCAGCGUCAUCGAGAAGUGCCCUAAGCCGGUGAUUGGCGCCAUCCAUGGGAGCUGCAUUGGUGCAGGAGUGGAUCUUAUCACUGCCUGUGACAUCCGGUACUGUACCCAGGAUGCUUCCUUCCAGGUGAAGGAGGUGGACCUAGGUUUGGCAGCGGAUGUGGGAACCCUGCAGCGACUGCCCAGAGUCAUCGGGAACCAGAGCCUGGUCAACGAGCUGGCCUUCACUGCCCGCAAGAUGAUGGCUGACGAGGCUCUGGACUGUGGGCUGGUCAGCCGGGUCUUCCCAGACAAGGAGGUCAUGCUCGAUGCGGCCUUCGCCCUGGCAGCCGAGAUUUCCAGCAAGAGCCCCGUGGCGGUGCAGAGCACCAAGAUCAACCUGCUGUACUCCCGCGACCAUUCGGUGACAGACAGCCUCAACUUCAUGAAAUCCUGGAACAUGAGCAUGCUGCAGACGGAGGACGUCGUUAAGUCUCUCCAGGCCUUAAUGGAGAAGAAGGACCUGAAGACCAUCACCUUCUCCAAGCUCUGAGAGGCCCUUCGUCCCAGGUCCUAGCCCAGGGUCUAGCUUUGUCCCGUCUCAUGACUGCGCUUCCUUAUUCACAGAGAAGGAGGAUUAGUGAAGAUGGUCCCCCUCGCUGUCUUCUUGGCCCUGUGUAUAACUUUAUGACACAGCUUUACUCAUGCCUUGUCUUCGCCCCACGAACAAUAAAGCAAUAUAAAGAACCCGGUGUCCUUAUUGGAGAGAGAGGCGAGGCAGAAAGGGUAGGUUAACAUGAUUAUCCUGGGGGCUCCAAGGACCACGGUUGUGCUGAAAGUUGGGGAUGGAGAUAUGACAAAUGGGCAUGGGAGCCAUGCAGGUGAUGACCAUUCAGAGUGGCAGUGGGCAGGCCAGGGCUGGUAGCAAGUCAUGUGAAAGGCCACAGACGGUCUUCCUACCUGCUCCAGGCUGGAGGGCGGCAUUUCCCCUGCCUGGCCCCCACUCACUGUGCAGCAUCGUAGGUUCCGGUGCUGGAGUCUGGCUAGGGUUCUGCUGCUACCCAGUCUUGGGCCAACUGCCUCACUUCUCUAAGCUCUGAGUUCUCUUUUCCAUAUGUAAUCCCAACCUCCUGGAGAAUUCCCUGGCGGUCCAGUGGUUAGGGCUUUCACUGUGGUGGCCCGGGUUCAAUCCCCUGUGGGGGAACGAAGAUCCCACAAGCUGCGUGGUGUGGCCAAAAAAAUAAA